UGGCGGAUUGGAGAUACGCGCGGAAGCAGAGAGCAGCAUCUCCAGUGUCCAGUGGUGUAUGUGUGAUUCUCCAUAAUGGGGAAUUAUAACUCCAGCAGUAGAGGAGGAACCUCUGAUCCAAAGGUAAAGAGAGCAGAGUCUCCAGCACCCAGCUGUGUGUCUCUGAAGAGUGACGUGUCCAUGGAUCUUCCUCGUAACUUCAACAGUGGACCUGUGCCGUCUGACCCAAAAAGAACUCAUCCUGUUCUACAUCCACACAAAGACAAGGAAGAGUCCAUACAGCAGGACUCUCGCACACCAGUGGAUAAUGUCCUACACAGAGUCUUACACACACACAAAACCAGCAUGAAGAACAAGUAUGAGAGUUUAUUUGAGGGAACCAAAUCACAAGAGAAUAAAACCCUCCUGAACAGGGUUUACACACAACUCUACAUCUUAGAGGGAGAGAGUGAAGGAGUAAAUGAAGAACAUGAGGUUUUACAGAUGGAGAAAACACCCAGGAAACAGCUGGUACAAGACACACCAAUCUACUGCUCAGACAUCUUUAAACCUGUACAAGGUCCUGAAGGAGACAUGAAGGAAGAGAAGAUCAGAGCUGUGAUGGCUGAAGGUGUCAGACACACAGAACCAAAAGAAGAUAAAGACCCGGAAGUGCCAAAGCUCAGAACUGUUCUGACUAAAGGCAUUGCAGGCAUUGGGAAAACUGUCUCAGUGCAGAAGUUCGUUGUGGACUGGGCAGAGGGAAAAGCCAAUCAGGAUGUAGAUUUCAUGUUUGUGCUUCCAUUCCGGGAGUUGAACCUGGUUAAAGAUAAUCAGUACAGUCUGCAUAGACUCCUGUGUGACUUCCACCCUGAGAUCAAAGACCUGGACCCAAAGAUAUAUGAUAUGUACAAAGUUGUGUUCAUCUUUGAUGGCCUGGAUGAAAGCAGAUUUGAACUGAAUGUUUCCCAGUGUAAUAAAGUCUCUGACAUAAGCAUGACAUCAUCAGUAGGUGCGCUGAUGUCAAACCUCAUCAAAGGAGAGCUGCUUCCCUCUGUUCUCAUCUGGAUAACCUCCCGACCAGCAGCAGCCAAUCAACUCCCUUCUCAGUACAUCAACCGUGUGACAGAAAUUCAGGGAUUCACGGACCUACAGAAGGAGGAGUACUUCAGGAAGAGAAUCAGUGACCAAGACCAAGCUGAGAAAAUCAUCUCACACAUAAAGACAGCAAAGAGCCUCCACAUCAUGUGUCACAUACCAGUCUUCUGUUGGAUCUCAGCCACUGUGCUUCAGAAAAUACUAAAACAAACUAAUACAGAAAUCCCUAAAACUCUGACUGAGAUGUACAUACAGUUCCUGCACACUCAGAUCAACAGGAAGAAUGAGAAGUAUGAGGGGGAAAAGGAAAGAGAUCAAAAGAAACAUCUGGAAUCCAACAUGUCCAUGAUUCUGAAACUGGCUGAACUGGCUUUCAAACAGCUGAUGAAGGGAAACGUGAUGUUCUAUGAAGAAGACCUGAGAGAGUGUGGCAUUAGUGUCACUGAGGCCUCCGUGUACUCUGGGAUCUGCACUGAGAUCUUUAGGGAGGAAUCUGUGCUGUACCAGAGGAAGAUCUACUGCUUGGUACAUCUGAGCUUUCAGGAGUUCCUGGCUGCUCUCUAUGUGUUUCACUGUUUUAUCAACAAUAAAAGGAGGGCGCUGCAGGCUUUUAAUUUACAGCCCUGGUUUUGGUCUAAGAAUGUUCCUCUCAGUGACCUGCUGAAGGCAGCAGUGUGUAAAGCCUUAGAGAGUCAGAAUGGACACCUGGACCUUUUCCUCCGUUUCUUGCUGGGCAUCUCGCUGGAGUCCAAUCAGAGUCUCCUACAAGGCCUACUGACACACACACACAGCAGCCCAGAGAGCAUCUUGGGCACAGUCCAGCACAUCAAAGGCAAAAUACAAACAGAGGACCUCCCCACUGAGAGAUCCAUCAGCCUGUUCCUCUGUCUGUCUGAAAUGAAGGACCAGUCUCUCCUCAGAGAGAUUCAGGAGUAUAUACAAUCAGAGAAACACUCAGCACAGAAGCUCUCUCCUGGACAGUGUUCAAUACUGGCUUACAUGCUUCUGACCGCAGAGGAGGUGCUGGAGGAGUUGGACUUGGAGAAAUACAACACAUCACAGGAGGGUUACAGGAGGCUGAUCCCAGCUGCUGCAAACUGCAGGAAGGCUCUACUAGGUAACUGUAGGCUGGAGACAGAUUCGUGUAAAACUGUAUGUUCCACUUUGGCAUCAUCAAAUUCCCCCCUGAGAGAACUGUGUAUCAGUAUCAGCACCCUGGAAGAUGAAGGAGUGAAGCUGCUUUUUGAUGGGCUGAAGAGUUCACAUUGUAAACUGGAGAUACUCAGUCUUACAGACUGUAACCUCACAACAGACAGCAGUAAAUGUCUGUCCUCUGUUCUGACAUCAGCCAAGUCCUUCCUGAGAGAACUGCACCUCAGAAAUUGUGACUUUCAGGAUUCAGGAGUGGAGCAGCUCUCUGCUGCACUGAAGAGUUCACACUGUAAACUGGAGAUGCUCAGUCUUACAGGCUGUAAUCUCACAACAGACAGCAGUAAAAGUCUCUCCUCUGUUCUGACAUCAGCCAAGUCCUUCCUGAGAGAACUGCACCUCACAACAUGUGACUUUCAGGAUUCAGGAGUGGAGCAGCUCUCUGCUGCACUGAAGAGUUCACACUGUAAACUGGAGAUUCUCAGACUGUCUGGUUGUUUGGUCACAGAAGAAGGCUGUUCUUCUUUGGCUUCAGCUCUGAGGUCAAACCCCUCCUACCUGAAAGAACUGGAUCUGAUGUACAACCACCCAGGAGAGUCAGGAGUGAAGCUGCUCUCUGCUAGACUGGAGGAUCCCCACUGCAGACUGGACACACUCAGGGUGGAGCAUGCAGGGAAGAUCAGAAUCAAACCAGGACUAAGAAAAUAUGCAUGUGAUCUCACACUGGAGCCAAACACAGCACACAGACGUCUCUCUCUGUCUGAGGGGAGCAGAAAGGUGACUCGUGUGUGGGAGCAGCAGUCGUAUCCUGAUCAUCCAGAGAGAUUUGAUGAGUGUCCUCAGGUUCUGUGUAGAGAAAGUCUGACUGGACGCUGUUACUGGGAGGUUGAGUGGAGUGGGAGGGCUGAUAUGGGAGUGACAUAUAAAGGAAUCAGCAGGAAAGGAGACAGUGAUGACUGUAGGUUUGGAUGUAAUGUAAAGUCUUGGAGUCUGAUCUGCUAUAGUAACUGUUACUUUGUCAGACACAAUAAUAAGAAAACUGCCAUCUCUGCCCCCUCCAGCUCCAACAGAGUAGGAGUGUAUCUGGACUGGCCCGCCGGCACUCUGUCCUUCUACAGUGUCUCCUCUCACACAUACACACUCACACACUUACACACAUUCCACUCCACAUUCACUGAGCCCCUCUAUGCAGGGUUUGGGGUUUGGGGUUCUGUCUCUUCAGUGUGUGUGUGUGAGCUAGAAUAG